UGGAUGUCAGGUGUCUAGGCUGAGCCAGUGUCCUGAGAGAAGGGCCCACGGGGUGCUGUGCAAAGAGAAGAGGCGCAAGGGAGAGCACUGGAAAUUUGCUGUCACGAAAAGUAGCAAUGAAUUCCUCAUUUCACCUGUAUUUCUUGGAUCUCAACCUGAAUGCCACAGAGAGCAGUCUUUCGGGGCCAAAUGUCAAGAACAAGUCUUCACCAUGUGAAGAUAUGGGCAUCGCUGUGGAGGUGUUUCUGACUUUGGGUCUCAUCAGCCUUUUGGAGAACAUCCUGGUCAUAGGUGCCAUAGUAAAAAACAAGAACUUGCACUCUCCCAUGUAUUUCUUUGUGUGCAGUUUAGCAGUAGCGGACAUGCUGGUGAGCAUGUCCAAUGCCUGGGAGACCAUCACUAUGUACUUAAUAAAUAAUAAGCACCUGGUGAUAGCAGAUGCCUUUGUGCGUCACAUUGACAAUGUAUUUGACUCCAUGAUCUGCAUUUCUGUAGUGGCUUCCAUGUGCAGUUUGUUGGCCAUUGCAGUGGAUAGGUAUGUCACUAUAUUCUAUGCCUUGCGCUACCACCACAUCAUGACAGUGAAGCGUUCCGGGGUGAUCAUUGCAUGCAUCUGGACCUUUUGCACAGGAUGUGGCAUUGUUUUCAUCAUUUACUAUGAAUCCACUUAUGUCAUCAUUUGCCUCAUCUCCAUGUUCUUCACGAUGCUGUUUCUCAUGGUGUCUCUGUAUAUACACAUGUUCCUUCUGGUACGAACUCAUGUCAAGCGGAUAGCAGCUCUGCCUGGAUAUAGUUCUGUGUGGCAGAGGACCAGCAUGAAAGGUGCCAUCACUCUGACCAUGCUGUUGGGCAUUUUCAUUGUGUGCUGGGCUCCGUUCUUCCUUCAUCUCAUUUUGAUGAUCUCUUGCCCUCAGAAUCUUUACUGUUCCUGCUUUAUGUCUCACUUCAAUAUGUAUCUCAUACUCAUCAUGUGCAAUUCUGUGAUUGAUCCUCUGAUAUAUGCCUUCCGUAGCCAAGAGAUGAGGAAGACUUUUAAAGAGAUUAUUUGUUGCCAUGGUUUCAGAGUACCCUGUACGUUCCCUAGCAGGUAUUAA